UUUUUCCGGUAACAUUUUAUUCUCUGCGCUUGCGUUCAAUCCAUCUUCCUUUUCCUGUUUAAAAAUGUCGAAGAGAGGACGUGGUGGUACAGCCGGAGGCAAAUUCAAAAUCUCUCUUGCUCUUCCUGUCGGAGCAGUCAUUAACUGCGCUGACAAUACCGGAGCAAAGAACCUGUAUGUAAUAGCUGUAAGUGGAAUUAAAGGACGUUUAAAUAGAUUACCUGCUGCAGGAUGUGGGGACAUGUUGGUAGCCACAGUAAAGAAAGGCAAACCUGAGUUACGGAAAAAGGUAAUGCCAGCGGUGGUGAUUCGGCAACGGAAACCUCUACGGAGAAAAGAUGGUGUUUUUAUAUACUUUGAAGACAAUGCUGGUGUUAUUGUCAACAAUAAAGGGGAAAUGAAAGGAUCAGCCAUCACAGGACCAGUUGCUAAAGAAUGUGCAGAUUUAUGGCCCCGUAUUGCUUCAAAUGCUAGUUCCAUUGCUUAAAGACACUGUAAUAAAUAUUUUAAAUUGA